AUGGGUAGAAUUUCCUCCGCAGUAGAAAUCCCCGAAGAUCGUUGCCGACAUAGCCUUCCAGAAAAUGGCCGCUACUCUACUGAACCCCAUAAUUACCACCGUCUUAGCCCUAGCAUAAGCCGGAGCCGGAGUCCAAGCUACAGUCGAAGCCCGCCAACCAGGUAUGAUGAUAGAAAGAAACAGUUCCUCGAUCGAGAUUAUAGAAGCGGACGACAUGGAGAGUCUGAAUCGGAUGAAGAAUUGAAAAGUUUGGGAUUCGAAGAGUACAGGAGGCUUAAGCGCCAAAAAUUGAGAAAAUUGCUUAGGAACUGUAUUUGGAAUAGUACUCCCAGCCCUCCUAGGGAUCCAGAAGAAUCAUCAGAUUUGGAACCUGAGGAUGAAAUUACCAGGAAAGUUGAAGAAGAAAAAGAGAACAUAGAGGAUAAUAAAUUAAAGUCUGGUUAUAAAAGAGUGAGCAGCAAUUCGUCUGAGAGUGAAUCUGCAAGUGGUAACCUGUUUUUGGUCCAAAGAUAUGUUGAAUGGGGAGGGUCUGUCUUCUUCAAAUGCCGCGGUAAUGAUGGAGGAAGCAGUAGUUUCAGUUACGGGUCAAGGGCUGAUGACUUCUAUUCACAUUCUUCUCUUUCUUAUGAUAAAGAAAUAGCUGAUAAUGUCGUUGAGAGAUCACCAUAA